AUGGAGACAUGUGGGGAGAUUAGCAAUGCGAGUUCAUUGAAACCCCAUGUCACUUUUCUGGUCAUCACCACCGACUCCACGGUUGCUCAACACAACUACCUCCACGCCACCCCACAUCCCGACCUCCAUAUCGUCGAUCUCCCCCCUGCGGACAUGUCCGGCCUCCUCUUCGAUGAUAUGACAGCCGUCGCCCGCCUCUCCGUCAUAGCCCAGGAGUCCAUCCGCUCGCUUCGGUCAGUGUUGUUGUCUGCAUUAAACAACCGACCGAAGCUUCAAGCUUUUAUCAUCGACAUCUUCUGCACCGACGUUUUUGAUGCAUGUAAAGACCUAUCCAUUCCGGUUUACUCGUUUUUCACGGCAUCAGCAGCUCUUUUGGCGUUCUCCUUGUAUCUUCCGACGCUUGACAGGGAAGUUGAAGGCGAGUUCGUAGAUCUACCCGAACCCAUCAAGAUACCGGGUUGUAACCGAAUCCAAACCCACGACUUACUGGAUCAGGUCCGGAACAGAAAGAUCGACGAGUACAAAUGGUACUUGAUGCAUGUCAGCAGGCUAUCCAUGGCUAAAGGGAUAUUCGCAAAUACUUGGCAUGAUCUUGAACCGGUUUGGCUCAAAGCUCUAGAAACCGAACCCUUCUUCGCUGACAUUCCCACACCGCCGGUUUAUCCCAUUGGACCGCUCACCAAACGGAUUGAAUCGGCUUCGGAUGGAAACGCCGAUACGAGAGAAGUUAUGGCAUGGCUUGACAGACAACCAAAAGACUCGGUUCUGUUUGUUGCACUCGGAAGUGGUGGGACACUGAAAAAUGUGCAACUAACUGAGUUGGCUUUAGGUUUAGAACUGAGUCAGCAACGGUUCAUCCUGGUGGUGCGAACUCCGAGUGACUCUGCUUUUGCUGCUCUUUUUACCGCCGGGGUUGACUCAGACGAUCCUAGAGUGUACUUGCCAGAUGGGUUUGUUGAGAGGACAAAGGAAGUAGGGCUGGUCGUGAGCUCAUGGGCACCGCAGGUGGCGGUGCUGAACCACCCGUCUACCGGAGCAUAUUUGUCUCAUUGUGGGUGGAACUCUACCUUGGAGAGCAUUAAACAUGGUGUUCCGAUGAUUGGGUGGCCGCUAUAUGCGGAGCAGAGGAUGAAUGCGACGAUGUUGAGCGAGGAGAUAGGGGUGGCAGUGAAGAUGCCGGUGGUUGGGGAAAGAGGAGAGACGGUGGUGGUGGGGAGAAAGGAGAUAGAGCUGGUGGUGAGGGUGGUUAUGGAAGGUGAGGAGGGUAGGAAGAUUAGGAGAAGGGUUAAAGAACUAGAAGCAAGUGCUAGAGAGACACUGAGUUGUGGCGGGUCAUCUUAUGAAAUACUCGCCGGAGUUGCCGAGUCAUGGAAACGGCUGGGUCGUGCGAUGACCACAAGAAGUUGCAUGGAACCUGAGUAG